GGGGCUCUACCGAACAACAACAAAAGUCUAGAAUUCACAUUGUCGUAAUCCAAUACUAAUUUUACAAGACAUGAGUUCGAAGGGGAAUCCGCAUCCUUUUGUUUAUUGGGCUCAAAAUAGUUCACGUGUAUUGCUUCGGGUGGACUUAAAGGAUGUAAAGGAUCCUGAUGUGCAAGUUAAUGAGAAUCAUAUAAAGUUUAUGGCAACAGGCAUGGGAGCAAGAGGAAUAGAACUGUAUGAAUUUGAAUUGGAACUCUGUGCAAGUAUAGUCCCUAUGUCGAGUCAGUAUAGGGUUACUGCUCGGCAGAUAGAUAUCAGCUUAAAAAAACAGAAUGAUGGCUGGUGGCCAAAACUUAACGGUUCCAGUUUGAAACCAUCCUGGCUCAAGAUUGAUUUUGAUAAAUGGAGAACUGAAGAAGAUGAUGAUGAAACAGAAUUAGGAACAACACAAUUGGAUGAGCAUAACAGUGAACAUGUUGUUGUGGAUCACAUGAGUUUCAAUCUAGAAAACCUCAGGAAAACAUACUUAUUUGUGUACAAUUUAUGGCAAUUUCUUGGAUUCACAUAUAUUUUUUCCGUUUUAGUUUUCAAGUAUUCAACAAUUGGAUUGGAUUUCAUACCAACGGCAUAUCAAUUCGUUCACUAUCCUCUUAAGUUUUGUCAGCUCAUGCAAACUCUAGAGAUUUUUCAUCCUUUAUUUGGCUAUACUAAAGGAAGUGUUAUGGAGCCUACCGUGCAAGUUGGUGGAAGAUCUAUUAUUCUGUUUUGUUUAAUUGAAGCCGAAGAAAGAAUACAAAACAAGCCUGUCAUAUUCUACCUGAUCCUAUGUUGGUCAGCUAUAGAGCUCUUUAGAUAUCCGUACUACAUGACGAGAGUAUAUGACAGAGAUUUUGGGAUUAUUACCUGGUUGCGAUACACUGUUUGGAUUCCUCUUUACCCGCUAGGAUUUUUAUGUGAAGGAAUUGUUAUAUUGCGAAACAUUCCAUAUUUCGAAGAAACCGGAAAGUUUUCUGUUGGGCUGCCAAACAAAUGGAAUUUUUCUUUCCAUUUUCCGACGCUAAUGAGAAUGUAUCUUUUGUUUUUCUUUUUGCCGGCAAUGUAUACAAUGAUGUCAUACAUGUCCAAGCAGCGCCAAAAAAAGCUAAAAAAAACGGAAGACCCUCAACUCACCAAAACUAAAAUAAACUAAUUACUUUCUUGUCGUCGAUGUAAAAGUCAUGCACAGCAAUUUAAAAUGUGUACUUCGAACGAUACUUGAAAAGGCAGAAUAAUACAACUGGUAAUUCAUAUCAUUACUAA